AUGUCCGCAACAGAGAACGUCUAUAGAAUGCUUAUACUCCUGGAGGAGCCAAUAUCCGAAUCGGCUGGCGAUACUAAGAAGAAGCAGAACGCCACACACGAAUUUGUGGACGAACUCCCUCUACCGAUUCAGGUCGAUGAGAUGGAUCUUUUAAAUUCAUGGUUUGACAAGUUUGACGAGAAGAUCUGUAUUCCCAAUGAGGGACACAUCAAGUACGAGAUUAGUAGCGAUGGUCUCAUCGUUCUGAUUUUAGAUAAGAGCAUAGAACAUAUUGUUCAGGAAGUCACAUCGUUCGUAGAGCAAAAUGUCCCUGAGAGUGAGAAAGAGCAAGAUGAAUGA